GGAGCCCCCUGCGAUUCCAGAAGCAACGAGGCAAUCAUGGUUUCCACAUCCUUUACCCCGCACUCUCCGUUCAGAUCCAUCCUCUUGCUUCUCGUAGCCAUAUUCACCAUUUCUUCAGCUGUGGAUGCUACUCAAGUUAUGCGACGGCCUGAGGGUUAUAAAAAUACCCCCAGUCAAGUAGAGACAGUCCAGGUGUCUCCCCAGAUCGUGCACAAAAGAGCUAAUAGUCACGUACAAGCUGCUUACUUCACAAACUGGGGUAUCUAUGGCGCCAAUUUCCAGCCUACCAAUAUUACUCCAUCAGAUCUUACGCACAUACUCUACGCCUUCGCCGAUGUUUCUUCUUCUACUGGAACCAUCUCCUUGACUGACAGUUACGCUGAUGAACAGAAACAUUACCCUGGAGAUUCAUGGAGCGAAGCUGGAAACAACCUGUAUGGUUGUUUGAAACAGCUUUACCUCCUUAAGCUCGCUAAUAGGAAUUUGAAGGUUCUUCUGUCUAUUGGUGGCUGGACUUAUUCGCAAGCUGGUCACUUCUCUUUCGUUACUGACGCUACCAGUCGAGCUACUUUCGUGUCGAGCGCAGUCCAACUCAUCAAGGACUAUGGAUUUGACGGCAUCGAUCUUGAUUUCGAAUAUCCGUCUAAUUCUGCUGAGGGUCAAGGUUUUGCGGAUCUCUUGACAGCCUUACGAACAGCAUUCAGCCAGCUGGAGACUUCGAAUGGUGAUACGGUUCCAUACGAGCUUACUGCCGCAGUUUCUGCUGGUGCACCAAAUUAUGCAUAUUACGUCGUUCCUCAGAUGGAUCAGGCAUUGUCCUAUUGGAACUUGAUGUCUUACGAUUAUGCUGGUUCCUGGCUUACCUGGGCGGAUAACCAAGCUAAUUUGUACGGCGGAUCUCGUACUAAUGUCAGCACUGAUGCCGCUAUCAAACAUUACCUUGCAAGCGGUGCAACUGCAAGCAAAAUCAACAUGGGUAUUCCGCUUUAUGGACGUGCUUUCGAGGAUACGAACGGCAUUGGAGACCCAUAUAGUGGAAUUGGUCCUGGUACCAUUCAAGCUGGUAUCUACUCUUAUAAAGAUCUCCCACUUGCGGGAGCACAAGUCUUCGAGAACACUACAGAUGUAACAAGCUAUUCUUACGAUUCUACCAAGAAAGAGCUCGUGUCUUACGAUGUGCCGGACAUCGUGAAAAUAAAGGCCGACUAUGUUGUGUCUAACAAUCUGGCAGGUACCAUGUUCUGGGAUCUCUCGACUGAUAGCACUGGUUCGACUUCUCUCGUUGCCACGGCUGCGGGUGUGUAUAGCUCUUUGGACCAAACACAGGCAAGUUCAUCUGUCGUUUAUCCCAGCAGUAAAUGGGACAAUAUUCGUAACAACAUGGAUGGAUCGAGUUCCUCUACAUCGACAACCGCAACUCAGACAUCUACAGCUUCUUCAACACCCACCUCCCCAUCGGGAUCAGGUAGUUGCGCUGGGGUUGGUGCCUGGGGUUCCGGAACUGUGUAUACCGUGGGACAAACUGCUACGUACAAUGGUCACCUCUGGACUGCUAAAUGGUGGACCCAGGGAGACACUCCUGGAGGAUCAGCUGGUGCAUGGACCGAUGGUGGGGUAUGCACUUCGUCCAAGCGUUCGAUGCGAUUUAGAUUUUGAAGGAUAUCGUAGAAAUGUUCAACCUUAAUGACGUGUUUUGUAUACCAUUUUCUCGCGCUGCCUCUAUUGACGAUAAAUGAAAGUGUACGUUAUUCGAUGGA